CUCUCUCUCUCUCUCUCUCUCUCUCUCUCUCUCUCUCUCUGUGACAAAGAAAGAAGAAGAAGAAAAACAAAGAACUCGCUUAUUCCGUUUCUUUCGCUUUCCGACAUUCUCUUCUUUCUUCACACUUCUCUUUGUGAAGAAGAGGGAGGGGAAUUUGUUUUGUGGCUUUAUUCUAUUAGAUUGCUGUGAGAAGUUGAAAUCUUUGAACUUUGGAGGGUUUUCUUGACUGUUGAAUGAUUGCAAGCCAUGAAAACCAGGAGUGUUUCGAGUGCCGAGAAGGGUAAGGGAAAGCAAACUGCAACUGCAACUGAAAUUGCAACUGAACCAGUAGUGGCAUUGGGGGAUCUGAUAUAUAUUCCUCUUCGCGGUGCCUCCAAGUGGUGGCCGGCGCAGGUUACUGAUGAGAAGAGUGUUAAUGAAAACUUAAGGCCGAAAAAGAAAUUGCUGAGGGAAGUCCUUGUUAGGGUGUAUGGAAGCUAUAUCUACAAAUAUGUGGAUCCUGUUAAAUCGCGUGCUGAUUUUGAGAAUGUACUCAAGAAGAACAAUGGUGAUUUACACAAGAUUCUUCAGGAUUCUCUGGAAAAGGAUCUUCCUAGCAACAAACCCAAAUCAAAGGAGUCACCAGCCAAGAAUAAAGGGGGAUCAAGUUCAAGCAAGAGGAAAUCGGCCCCGAAAGAUGAGAAGCAGGAUGAAGCUAAGUCCCAGAAACAAAACGAAGAAGAUCCCUCAAAUACCAGGAAUCAACAACCCCAUUCAGGAAGUCCCAAGAACUGAGUAAAAGGAGGAUAAGAGUGAUGGAAAGCCUUGGUCUCAUUGCUCCACCUGGUUCCCCAUUUGUCAGGAAUGGACAUUAUUCAUAGCCACAAAAGGCUCUAUGAUCUUGUUGCAGAUGGAGGAACUGAAGGGUGUGGAAAUGUGUCAUAACAUUUUCUUUCUGCAUCACUUGUUCAUUCAUUCAUUCUAAUAAUGUACUUUUGAAACAGACAUGUGUAGAUCAUGUGGCCUAAUGUUUUGUUUUCCAAAAUACUUAGAAGGAUUAAAGCUA